GAGCGGGCGGCGGCGGAGGAGGAGGAGGGGGAGGCGGCGGCGGCUGCAGCAUCCAGAGCUGGCCGCGGCGGCCGGCGCGCCCCGCGCACAAAGGCGCCCAGCCCCUGGGGAAGGCGAUGAGCACACCGCAGCCUGGGCCAGGACCCCAGCUCCAACUACCGAGACGUGCGCCCAGGGCGCCGGGGAAGACGCAGGGCGCGCCAGGGGCCAGCGGCCGAGGCGCGGGCCGUGAGCCCUGAGCCCUGAGCUCGGGACUCGCCGCCCUCCGGGUCAGGCGCGGAGCUUCGGAACGGCUAGCGCGCGGGCCUUGGCGCGUCCCCGGAAUCCGCGCAGGAAGGCACUGCCCCACUCCCACCCGACCUCUCGCGCCCUCCCGCCGCGCCCGAGCGCCAACUUCCCCAAGAACGCUCCAACUCCAGGCCACCCUGCCGGGCAGAGGGGGCGCUGCUGCUGGGCACCGGCCGUGAGGACGCGCCCCUGGCCCUGGGGAGCCAGCCGGCAUCUUCGAGGUUCCUCGGGCGCCCCUGAGUGGGCGGCGGCGGCGGCGGCAGACGCCUCUUCAGGGAGUGCAGGACCUGCCAGCGCUGGCGAUUCCUCCCGGCAGGCGCUCGCCCUCUCUUUUAUGGAGCUUGGGCCCCUGCCCCAGCCCGGUAGAGGCUGUGGAGGUGUACGGUCCAGAAGCCUGGUACCCAGCCCGGCGGCCCAUCCCUGGCUGUGGGGAGCGGAAGCUCCCACGAGGUAGCGGUGGCCUGCAGCGGCCCCCUCCCGGCAGCGAGCCAUGGGCCAGAAGCUCUCGGGGAGCCUCAAGUCGGUGGAGGUGCGAGAGCCGGCGCUGCGGCCGGCCAAGCGGGAGCUACAGGGAGCGGAGCCGGGGCGGCCAGCGCGGCUGGACCAGCUGUUGGACAUGCCUGCGGCGGGGCCGGCGGUGCAGCUGCGGCACGCGUGGAACCCUGAGGACCGCUCGCUCAAUGUCUUCGUCAAGGAUGACGACCGGCUCACCUUCCACCGGCACCCGGUGGCCCAGAGCACCGACGGCAUCCGCGGCAAGGUGGGCCACGCCCGGGGCCUGCACGCCUGGCAGAUCAACUGGCCGGCGCGGCAGCGUGGCACCCACGCCGUAGUGGGGGUGGCCACGGCCCGAGCCCCCCUGCACUCCGUGGGCUACACGGCACUGGUGGGCAGUGACGCGGAGUCGUGGGGCUGGGACCUGGGCCGCAGCCGCCUCUACCACGACGGCAAGAACAGGCCGGGAGUGGCCUACCCCGCCUUCCUGGGGCCGGAGGAGGCCUUCGCGCUGCCGGACUCGCUGCUCGUGGUGCUGGACAUGGACGAGGGCACGCUCAGCUUCGUGGUGGACGGCCAGUAUCUGGGCGUGGCCUUCCGCGGCCUCAAGGGCAAGAAGCUGUACCCGGUGGUGAGUGCGGUGUGGGGCCACUGCGAAGUCACCAUGCGCUACAUCAACGGCCUUGACCCUGAGCCCCUGCCGCUGAUGGACCUGUGCCGGAGAUCCAUCCGCUUGGCCCUGGGCCGCCAGCGCCUACGGGACAUCGGCUCCCUGCCCCUGCCUCAAUCUCUCAAAAACUAUCUGCAGUACCAGUGAGGCUGAGGAGCAGCAGUGGGGACCCACACACAGCAGGGCCUGGGCCUGUCAUUUCACGGUCACACAGUACAUUCAGGAAGGCGUCCUCCUCCUCGCCCCAGAGCGCCAGGACACUCCGUUCUUGGAAAGGACCAGGACGCGUUCCCAACGUUGAAAGUGAAAUGUCCCUUGCCAACAGUAUUUGCCACCCUGGAGGCAGCCCUCCUAAGUCAGGCGCCUCCUUGGGAGCCAUGAGGAGCCCAGAGCCUGCGCCCAGCGGAGAUCCUGCCCCCCCGACCAAGAAGACACAGCAGCCCCGGUACUGAUCAGAGAGCGUGUCUCCUUAUUCACGAGAAUGAAUGAAACAUUUGGGCGGGAGGCUCGCUGUGGUGUGCCCGGGUGCAGACAGGGCCGGGGAAGACUGGCCAGCUCGGGGAGGAAAGUGUGGCCGAAUGAUGAAGGACGAAAGCAGCUUGGUGCCGACGCCCUCUUGACACCUCGGGACUUUGUGCUCCAUUGAAAGACUGUUACCCAGGGAUGCCUGAUGACAGAAUUGGCAAGUGGACAAAGCCGUGUGUAGACCCCUUCCAGCUUACCUCCUUGCACAUUGUUUACUUACCCUUUCACGUGCCCUCUGUCCCCACCGCUGACCCACAGUUCCCUGGCUACCCCGGGCACCUCUCUUCGGGGAAGCUGAGUCUGACUAAUUCACCCCGGGGACAGAGUGUAGCCUUGAUUAUUAUUAUCUUACAUCUGGUGGCAUUUUAAAAGAGGAAUGUGGUGAGGGCAGUACGUAGUCCAAAGGUGCUAAUGGGGGAAGUGGGGGCAUCGUGACACCCGAGUGGAUGAUGGCCUCAGGCUGGGGAGCCUUCCUGGGGUGCCGAGGGACUCUAGGCAACCGUCCAUUCGGAUGUACCUAGCCGUCACAAAGCUUUAUUUGAGCGAAUUAUUUUUUCACUUUAGGAGACACGAACGAGUUUGUUUCUGUUUCAAGCGUGUGUGCGAUGUGCUGUUUAUUUAUCAGCCUGGGGCUGCACGGGCGGCCCCGGACCCGUAGGGGUGCAGGUCCCGAGCCUGGUCCUCUCCUGGGGAUGCCACCACCACCCUUGUCGGGCAUCUCUCCUGCACUCCCAGAGCUCUGUCCAGACUCCGUUAUAACUGGAAAUUGUCACCGCAGUGGGAUCCCAGAGCCCCAGACGGCACCGCCUCCCCCGACUUUAAUGUGAAUUUGACUGAUGAAUGAGGAGCGUUUCUAAUAAAGUGUGUUGUUCAGUC